CCUCUCAACAAAUGAGAGAUGUCGAAGUCCUCAGAAACUACGGAAAGUUCGCCUAGAAGAGUAAGAAGACCAGUCUAUACUGCGCGAGGUCAAACUUUUCAGUGGGAAGACCUUCGCCCUGAUGAGAAAGAUGCCAUUCUAGACUGUGCAACAUCAGCUGGUAUUCGAGCUGCUGCAGGUUUUGGUACUGUGCUUAGUCUAUGUGCCUUUGCUAGAGCUNGACUAGACAUUGACAGACUAAGUAUGGUUCCUCGUUGGGCAGGAAUACUAUCUGUGACUACGUUUGGCGUUGCGGGUGCGUAUGGUGCAGCCUUGACAGCAGUUCCUAGUUGUAUUCGCUCUAUUCACAGCCUUACCGAUUCCUCACUUGCAACAGCUUUGGAUGAGACUAUGGCAGAUUGGAGUUCCUCAUGAAGUUUGGGAAACUUUCAUUGCACAGCUAGGUACUCAUUGAUUCCAUUUUAAUCAGGAAACAUUACCGUUGGUUAUAGAACAAAAGCAAGGUCCUUGACUGGUCAACAAAGAUCGACUCUAUUGUCCGUUU